AUGAUCGGAAAUUUCGAUAAUAAAACUUUAGAGGAUGAUUCAACAAAUUACAACAUACCCCUUUGUCAUAAAAAUGAAAAAGAUGUAUCUUUAAACCUAAAUGAGUCUAACCAUUUCAAUGGUUCAGAAAGUCAAAAUGAAAAACAAGAUAAAAUAAAUAUUAUAGGGAAAAGCAAAAUGAAUAAAUCUUCUCAUAGAAUUGAAACAAAUAUAAAUAAUACAAUUGAAAAAGAAAAUGAAUUGGACAUAUCUAAGUAUGUAUAUUUAAGUGAGCAUUUACAAAUACGUAAAGAUAAACAUAUUUCUAUGAGUUCAUCAUUAAAUAAAUAUAUAAAUGAUAAUAUAAAUUUUAUUAGAAAUUUUACAGAAAGUAAUAAAUCAUUGGAAGUUUCAAAAAAAGCUAUAUCAAAACAAUUUAUUGACAUAGGGAUAAAAAUACGAUUUUUACUUUAUAGAGAUAAAAUUAAAAAAUAUAGAAAAUACAAAAAAAAAUGUGAAGAAAAAAAUGCAAUGAAAUUAAAAAGGGUAGGAAAUAAUGUAAAUGCGUUAUAUGAAAAAAAGAAUGUAGAUUUAGAAAAUGUUGUUACAUCUAAAAAUUCAAAAAUUGCAAACAAUUGUGGAUAUGACUCUAACUGUUCAGAAAGUAGCUGCCUACUAUCUGACUCAUCAAUAGAAAAUGGAAAGAAAGUACCAAAAAAUGUAGAAGGUAAAGAUUAUCGAAUUCCAAAGAAUUUUGGUUUUAAUGAAAAGGAAUUACAUACUAUUAAAAGAUUGGAAAAAAAUAAAAAUAAAUACUUUGAAUAUUUAAAUAAUAUGUAUAUAAAAUAUGCAAUGCUUAAUAAUAUGAACAUUUCUUAUUUUCAAAAUAUACAAAAUAUUGUUAAUAAAAAUGUUUCCGAUAUUAAUAUAACAAGUAAGUUGGACGAUGAAAUGAAAAAUAUUAGACAAUUUUUUUCAAAUGAAAAAAAUGCUAAAAAUAUUGAAAGAAAUCAAAACCUAUUAAGAACAGAUAUUUUAAAUGCAAUGUUUGGAUUUAACAUAAUUAGUGAUACACAAUGCAUGAAAAUCCCUAUCAAACAUUUAAAUCGUGAGCAUGAAUAUAAACAUAAAGAAAGUUCAGUGGAAAAUGUUUCUCUACAUGAACAAGACACUAUCUCUAAAAAUAUUGAUAAAGAGCAAAACCCGUUUUUGCCAAAGCUUAGAAAUGCAAAAAAAGGAAAAGAAGUUGUCGCAAAAAGUAGAAAUAACAAUGUUGUAAAAAAAAUAGAAAACGUUGUUGAUGAGAGUAAAAAAACAAAAAUAGGUGAAUAUAUACAUGGGUUGCAAAAAAAAAAUUAUAAAAUGAAUGGAAAAAUAAAAAGUUUAAAACAAUAUAUAUUGCUAAACAAUUGGAAAGAGUUUAAAAAUCAUAAUAUAUAUAUAAAUAUGAUAGAUCGUCAAAAAAAAGAAAAUGAAAAAUUAUUUGCAAAUUUAUGUUAUGAUCAAAUGAAUUAUAUAAAAGAGAAAAAACAAAUAAUUUUAGAAAAGGAAGAAAAAGAAAGAUUAAAAUUGUUAAGAGAAAACAAUAUGGAUGAAUAUAUUAAAUUAAUUAAAAAUGUAAAAAAUAAAAGAAUACAAGAAUUAUUAGAUGUAACAGAUAAAUUUCUGAAUACUAUGUCUCAUUCUGUAUUGUAUCAAAAAGGAGAACCAGCUUCUACUCUUUCUACUACAUCUAAAGAAUCUACAAAUGCUAGAGAAAAAUAUUAUGAUGUUGCUCAUACUAUUAAAAAGAAAAUUACAGAACAGCCAUCUAUAUUAGUUGGUGGAAAUUUAAUGAAGUAUCAAUUAGAGGGACUUGAAUGGCUAGUCUCUUUACAUAAUAAUAAUCUAAAUGGAAUAUUAGCAGAUGAAAUGGGGUUAGGAAAAACAGUACAAACAAUAAGUUUGUUUGCUUACCUUAAAGAAUUAGAAGUGUGUAGUACAACUAACUCGUUUGAUAUGGAUAGCAAAAUUGGAAAAAACUUAAUCAUCGUUCCGUUGUCCACUUUACCAAACUGGACAAAUGAAUUUGAAAAAUGGUGUCCAUCUUUAAAUGUUAUAAUUUAUAAAGGAAAUAAAAAUGAAAGAAAAGAUAUUAGUAGAAUAUUGUUAGAAGAAAAUUAUGAUAUUUGUUUAACUACAUUUGAUAUUAUAAUUAGAGAAAAAAAUAUAUUAGGAAAAAUAUCUUGGAAUUAUAUAAUAAUAGAUGAAGGACAUAGAAUAAAGAAUGAUAAAUCUAAACUUCAUUCUAUUCUUUCAUUAUUUAUUAGUAAACAUCGUAUAUUAUUGACUGGUACCCCUUUACAAAAUAAUAUGACUGAAUUAUGGGCUCUUUUAAAUUUUAUACUACCAAAAAUAUUUUCUUCUUCAUCAAACUUUGAAGAAUGGUUUUCACUUCCAUUAUGUAAUGAAAAAAAUGUUUAUGGAUCUAUGACUGAAGAAGAGGAAUUACUUAUUAUUAAUCGGUUGCAUACUAUACUCUUACCUUUUAUGCUUAGACGUUUGAAAAAAGAUGUGCUUGAAUUUUUACCUAAAAAAUAUGAAUAUAAUAUAUAUGUACAAUUAUCAUUAUAUCAAAAAUUAUUAUACAAACAGAUUGAAGAAAAAAGUUUUAAACAAGUUAAUUCUGACGGUACAGUAAAUACAAAAUCAUUUCAAAAUACUAUAAUGCAAUUACGUAAAAUUGUUAAUCAUCCAUUUUUAUUUACAUACAAUUAUGAUAUUAAUGAUAGCAUAAUAAAAUCAAGUGGUAAGUUUGAAGUACUUGAUAGGAUGUUACCGAAAUUGAUAAAAUUUAAACAUAAAAUAUUAUUGUUUUGUCAAAUGACAAGAGUAAUGGAUAUACUUUGUGAUUAUUUUGAACUUCGACGAUAUAAAUAUCAUAGACUUGAUGGUAGUGUCAGUUUAUCAGAUCGUAGACAAAUUAUCGACAAUUUUAAUGAAUCAAAAUCGGUGAAUAAUUGUAAAGAAAUUGAUCAUAACAAUGUCAAUCCUUUACCAGGCCAAGAAUUAGAUACUGAUGAAGCUAUGAUAUUUAUACUUUCCACGAGAUCUGGAAGUUUAGGACUCAACUUACAAGCAGCAGAUACUGUAAUUAUAUUUGAUAGCGACUUUAAUCCUCAUCAAGAUAUUCAAGCAAUGUGUCGAUGCCACAGAAUAGGCCAAAAAAGUGUCGUCAAAGUUUUUCGAUUUAUUACUCUUUCAAGUGUAGAGGAAUUAAUUUUUCAAAGGGCAAAAGAUAAACUCAAUAUAAAUGAUAAAGUUAUACAAGCAGGAUUAUUUAAUAAAAUAUAUGAUGACAAUGAUAGACAAACAAAAUUAAAAAAUAUUAUUAAAAAAAAUCAAAAAUAUGACACUACUCUCCAUCCAACAAAUCCUAUCAUGCUCAAUGAAUAUAUGAGUAGAACUCCAGAGGAACUCGAAUAUUUUCUUAACUUUGAUCGAAACUAUUUUGGUGAAGACCUCUUCGAACUCUUGCAGUCCAUGCGCCAGAAGGAGAUCCAAAAGUCCCAGUUCCGCUACAUCAGUGAGGAUGAGGAGGAUGAUGCCAACCUUAGCAAUGCUGAUGUUGCUGAUGUUGCUGAUGCUGACGUUGACGAUGGUGGGGGUGAUGACAAUGCUUCCCUUGACGAAGCUGAUCAGAUUGAAAAAAUUUUGAUAAAAUCGAAUAAGCUAGUCAACGAGGCAGAUUUGCCGGUCCACCUAUUUUGUGAAGACAUUGUUGAAGAACCUGAAAUAAAUUUUAAGAGAACAAGAAAAGUAAUUAAUUAUAAUCUUAUGUAUGAAGAAGAGCUAACUGAAGAUCAGUUCUGCGAGCUGAUCGAUCCAGAUUCCUCUCAACCAUUAUCUCAAAAUAAUUCCAAUGACCCUAUUGAAAUUCAAGACUGUAUAGAAAAUGAGCAUAUGAGUGAUGUUGAACUUUUAGAAAACCAAAUGGACGAUGUUGUACUUUUAGAUAAGAAGAAGAAGAAAGAGGAGGACAAUAGGGAAAAUGAAAUAACCGACAUUGAAAAUAUUUAUCUUGAAGAAGAUCAAAGAAAAGAUGAAUAUGAAUUGGAUAAUCAGGAUAAACAAACGGAUGUGGAAAGAGAAGAAAAUGUUAUUAAAAAACGAAAAGGAGAUGAAAAAAAUGUUAAUAAUUUUGAAAAAAAUUAUUCAGAAAUUUCUGAAGUGUUAAACAUGUUAAAUAUUUCAACAAAAUUACAAGAUGAAAAAAAAAAUAGAGAAAACAAAAAAAGAAAAAAAAUUAAUGAGAAUGAAAUGUGA